AACCGACAAUACAUUUCCUAAGGAUCUUAGUAGCAUGCCUUUGUUGCAAGGAUUGAGGCUUAGCAGAAAUCCAAUCUGUAACUUACCAGAAAGCAUAAAAAAUCUUAGUGCGCUCAUGGAACUUGAUUUACAGCGCUGCACGAAGCUCCAAGCACUUCCAGAGCUUCCAAUGAGUUUAUUGGGAAUGACAAUAUAUGGAUGCAAGUCAUUGGAAAGGGUAACAAAUCUACCAAACCUGUUGAAUUCACUGAUGCUGAGCACAUAUGGUUGUGUAAAACUAGUUGAGGUUGAGGGAAUGUUCAGGUUGGAAUCCAUUGAUAAAAUUGAUUCAGAAACUAUGGACAACUUGGGCUUGUCUCAGUUGGAAUCCAUGGACUGCCUUGACAUGAAAUUGCUCAGUAAUCUUACAUUCACAAAAAGGAAAGUUCGAGAACUCCAGGUACUAUAUGAAUGCGGUAUAUACAGCAUAUUCCUUCCAGGGAAUGCGGUCCCAAGCUGGUUCAACAAUAAGAGUACGGGGUCCUUGAUAUCUUUUCAUGUGCCUUGGCUUCCCAAUCUCAAGACUUGGGGCUUGAAAAUAUGCAUUUGCUAUGCAGUUGCUUUGGAUUUCAAGAAGGCAACAUGGAUGAAUGGAUGUAUUAUAGUCAGCAAUAAGACCAAGGGUAAAAAAUGGACCUAUAGGCCAGCAUUCAUAGGCAUUGCAGAAGAAGGCAAAGAUAUUCUAUGGUUGAGUGAUUGGAAGAGUGGGAAUCAGCUAAUGGAACGUGGCGAUGAGGUGACUGUGUCGGUGAACAUGGAAGAAUAUUAUCAAGUGAAGGAAUUUGGAAUUCGAAUUGGGUGCAAUGAGCAAGAAAAUGAGCGAGAGGAUGGUACCCAACACGGGAAUGGCAUUGAUUUGUCAGUGUAUCAGAUGAGAGAAGGCCAAUAUUUUCUUUGCAAUCAUGAAGACUUUGUUAGGUCCAGUUGCUACUCAAGGAUAGCUGCAGGGUCGCGGUUGGACUUAGUUGAAACAUGUUUGUGUGGAUUCCAGUGUGAGAAACAUGCAAAGCAGUGGUACUGACAAAAUAAAAAUAAAGGUUAUUCUUGAUUUUUGAGGGUUACUAUAAGUGGUAUUGUUUUUACAUCAGAAUGUUUCAUUUGGAGGUUUUGCACUAAAGAUAUUAGUACUACACAAAAAUAGCUAUUUGGUCCCUCUAGUUGGAGGUUGAUGUUGCUUCUCCAUUUGACAUUGUCAUUGAUUUGGGCUGUUAAAAGUUCAUAAAAUUUUGUAUUU